AUGUCUGAGAGCACCAAGCUCCCCACUCGUGCCGUCGGUGGACACAAGGCUGCGAUGCACAACCCGAACAUCUCUGAGGAGGCGAAAGAACACUCGCGCCAGGUCGUCGAUGACCUGGAGCGCGAUUUGCAAACCAAGGAGCAGCGUGCCAAGUACGACGAUGACAAGGACGAGACGCGGGUUAACGCCGGGCUGAAGGCGACCAUGAAGAACCCGAAUGUCAGCCAGGAGGCUAAGGACCGUGCGCACGAACAGCUCGAGGACAAGGGCGUGUUCUAAAGGCUCUUGUAUACGGGCAUGCUUCUUGUGAUAGAAAGGCGUUAAAUGAAAGU